CGCAGUUGUGCAGCUUGUGUGCAUUGGAGUACCAGACAACAAUUCAACUAUCAGAACACAGAAUCACUCGGCAUGAAGGUCUUCGUCCUUGCUGCUUUCGUGGGCCUCGCCUUGGCCGCCCCCCAGGCUCAACAGGGCGCAUCUGGUGGCGCCCCCAAAAAUCCUAUCAUCGAGUGGGGAAAAUGCAACCAGCUCAAACCUUCCGAGGGCGAACGUACCAGCAAGGCGGCCGUUGUUGACAAGUGUUUGCAGCAGCUUCCUCUGCCCGAUCCCGAGAAGGCCAGCCAGGCGGAGAUCGACAAGCACCGUGAAUCAGUCACCACCUGCGCUCUGAAAGCCGAAGGAUGGUUCGACGACAAAGGUGUCUACAAGUUCGACCGCGCGAGGAACGAGAUCAAGAACAAGAAACUCGACUCGGAAAUCGAAUCUCAAGUGCUCGUGAAGCACGACGAGUGCCAGAAGGAGGCUACUGAGAAGCACACCGAUUUCAUCAACCAGGUCCAGCUCUACCAAGCCUGCAUGGACUACAACAUUUCCCAGAUCUGUGGAAUCAAGGUCAUGGUCUAAGUCACGGAACGAGAUAAGGAGAAAACACACAAUCAGACACACAGACCCUUUCAAUUACAUCAGAAAGGGUGACAGGCCAGCGAAGGAGAAAGUGGUAGAUGACCGCAUCAGCCUGUCCUUCAAUCAAACGGUAGCAAUCCAAAUAUCAUUCGAUCUCCCCAUAGUACUCUUCCUUCUUUUACCUCAGAAUCACGGUUCAUGUACUUUUCAAGUAUGGAGGCUCCUUUCCUCUCUUUGUUGACUAGUUUCAAAGCGAUCAGUGAUAACGAUGAUGAUUUAGAGAGAAACCAAUAUAAUCCAUCAACUCUCAUAGCUUCGCUCAGGAUCCGGCCUUCCCAUUCAAAAUCGGCAUGAACAGUCUUCUGUCAGAACGAUAUCUGUCCGCUCCACUUAGUUGUCUGCGCAGGUCAGAUAUCGGAUCUGUAUGCUCUCAAAACCUUUGUAAUAAAUGUUUUGUUUGUAUAAACUUA